CCAUAUUCUUUUCGCAAAUGUCAUCUUAUCACGCUGCAUCGAUCGUAUAUAUUUCCCUUCUUAACCCCGCCCUCUCUUCUACUUAAAGCUUGGACCCUCUUCAUGCUACUCCAACCCAAACGCCCGAAAGCCUAGCUCUCUUUCACUAGAAGAAGUAGUUGAGAGAUCGAAAAGUAUGGAUUCCCAGGAAAAAAGGAAGACAGAAAAAAGGUUGCAGAAAAGCUACUUUGAUGUGCUGGGGCUGUGCUGUUCGUCAGAGGUGCCUUUGAUUGAGAACGUCCUCAAGGCUCUUGAUGGUGUCAAGGAGGUCUCCGUGAUUGUCCCCUCAAGAACAGUCAUUGUUCUUCACGACAAUCUCCUCAUUUCCCAGACUCAAAUUGUUAAGGCCCUAAAUAAUGCAAGGCUUGAAGCAAAUGUGAGGGUAUAUGGAGUGGAGAAUUCCCAAAAGAAAUGGCCGAGCCCGUAUGCAGUUGCCUGUGGUGCAUUGCUUUUGCUGUCUUUCUUAAAGUAUGUCUACCGUCCACUCCAAUGGCUGGCUGUCGGAGCGGUGGCUGUUGGCAUAUUCCCGAUUGCUUUGAAAGGGUUGGCGGCGAUUCGGCAUCUUAGGUUCGACACCCACAUUCUUGUUUUGAUUGCAGUGAUAGGGACACUUGCUAUGAAUGAUUAUUUGGAAGCCGGCACCAUUGUCUUUCUGUUCACCAUUGCAGAAUGGCUUGAGUCAAGAGCAAGCCACAAGGCGAAUGCAAUAAUGUCCUCAUUGAUGAGCAUAGCCCCUCAGAAGGCAGUCAUAGCUGAAACUGGUGAAGUCGUGGACGUCGACGAGGUCAAGUUGAACACAGUUCUCGCCGUUAAGGCCGGUGAAGUUAUACCCAUUGAUGGAAUUGUAGUGGAAGGCCAAUCUGAAGUUGAUGAAAAGACUCUAACUGGAGAGUCUUUCCCAGUAGCCAAACAAAAAGACUCUACUGUUUGGGCUGGUACCAUCAAUCUAAAUGGUUAUAUUAGUGUUAAAACCACUGCUCUAUUUGAAGAAUGCAUGGUGUCUAAAAUGGCACAGCUUGUAGAAGAGGCUCAGAAUAGCAAAUCCAAAACUCAGAGAUUAAUUGACAAAUGUGCCAAGUUUUAUACCCCAGCCGUUCUGAUCCUAUCAGCUUGUUUUGUGGUGGUACCAGUCGCAUUAAAAUUUCAUAAUCGCAACCAUUGGUUUCACUUAGCAUUGGUUGUUUUGGUAAGUGCAUGUCCAUGUGCACUCAUCCUGUCUACACCUGUUGCAACAUUUUGUGCGCUCACAAAGGCUGCAACAUCCGGUCUUCUAAUCAAAGGGGGUGACUAUCUUGAAACUCUUGCCAAAAUUAAGAUAGUGGCAUUUGACAAAACUGGCACAUUAACAAGAGGUGAAUUUCUGGUGACCAACUUCCGUUCUCUUCGUGAUGAUAUUAGCUUGAACACAUUGCUUUAUUGGGUUUCAAGCAUUGAGAGCAAGUCAAGCCAUCCAAUGGCAGCCGCACUCGUUGACCAUGCAAGGUCACUUGCGAUUGAGCCAAAGCCUGAACAUGUGGUGGAAUUUCAUAAUUUUCCUGGAGAAGGCAUUCAUGGCAAAGUUGAUGGAAAUGAUAUUUACAUUGGAAAUAGAAAAAUCGCCCUGAGAGCUGGGUGUGCAACAGUUCCAGAAUUAGAAGGUGAUAUGAAGGAAGGAAACACCAUUGGCUACAUAUACUGUGGAGCAACCCCAGCUGGUAUUUUUUGUCUCUCUGAUACUUGUCGAUCUGGGGUUGUGGUCGCGAUCAGAGAGCUGAAGUUUAUGGGCAUUAAAACCGCUAUGCUAACUGGAGACAGGCAUGCAACAGCAAUGCAUGUACAAGAACAGCUUGGUCAUGCUCUAGAGAUAGUUCAUGCAGAACUUCUACCUGAAGAUAAGGCAAGAAUCGUCAGAGAAUUUAAAAGGGAAGGACUAACAGCCAUGACAGGAGAUGGUGUAAAUGAUGCCCCUGCAUUGGCCACAGCCGACAUCGGUAUCUCAAUGGGCAUUUCAGGCUCUGCUCUAGCUACUGAAACUGGUCAAGUGAUUCUUAUGUCCAAUGACAUCAGAAAGAUACCAGAAGCCAUCCAAUUGGCAAGAAAAGCUCACAGGAAAGUAAUGGUGAAUAUCUUUUUUUCAAUCACUACUAAGUCCGCUAUCCUUGCUUUGGCCUUUGCUGGCCAUCCACUUGUGUGGGCAGCAGUUCUUGCUGAUGUUGGGACAUGCUUGCUAGUCAUCCUCAACAGCAUGCUGCUUUUGCAAGGUACAGAGAAACCCAAGGGGAAAUCAAGCAAAUCUUCUGCUGAACAGCAUACCCAUAAGCAUGGAUGCAAUGCGAGUAAUGGCCACUCAUCUCAUCACCAUCACCAUCACCAUCAUCAACAAGAUACCCGUAACCACUGCUGCUCUGACAAAAAAGAUCAAAUGGUUACUCUACCUCAAAAGUUUUCUUCUAAGAUGUGCGCUGCAAAUGUAACAAGUGGUGAAUUUCAUGAGGCAAAGCACUGUACAGAAGAUAAAUGCCACUCAUCUCAUCACCAUCACCAUCACCAUCAUCAACAAGAUACCCGUCACCAUUGCUGCUCUGACAAAAAAGAUCAAAUGGUUACUCUACCUCAAAAGUUUUCUUCUAAGAUGUGUUCUGCAAAUGUAACAAGUGAUGAAUUUCAUGGGGCAAAGCACUGUACAGAAGAUAAAUGCACAAAUUCCAUAGGAAGAAAAGGUGAUUGUGCAGAAGAUGAUGGGCUCCAAGAGGAAAAACAUUGCAAACAUCUUAUUCCUAUAGAAGGAAUGCAAAGCAUGACAAAUGAUGACCAUUGUCACUCAGACCAUUGUGGAAAAAGCCAUAGCCAUUGCAAACAUCUUAUUCCUUUAGAAGGAAUGCAGACCAUGACAAACGAUGGCCAUUGUCACUCAGACCAUUGUGGAAAAAGCCAUAGCCAUCCUGACAAUGGAGCAGGAGGAAAAAUGGUGUCAAGUUGCAACCAUCAGCUCAAUGCACCACUUCAAACCACCAUUGAUAUUGUGCCAUGUACUGACCAUGUGGAGUCAAUCACUAUCCAUGAUUUUGGGAGUUGCAAGAACUAUAGGACGGAAUGUGCGGAAUCGGCAGCGGCUAUGCAUGCUUCUGUCAGAAUGGAGAAUAGAGAAAUUGGUGGGUGUUGCAAGAGCUACAUGAAGGAAUGUUGUGGCAAGCAUGGACAUCUUGGGACCGCCUUUGGUGGAGGAUUAUCAGAAAUCAUCACGGAAUAAUGCCAUUAAGUUUGAAUAAGGCUACUUUACCUUGCUAGAUUUCUACAUGCUUUAUUAUUUGAGGAAAUUUUGGUAAAAGGGAAUUAUUGGCAUUUGUAAGAACCACAACUAACGAAUGAAACAAAAAUGUUAAUAUUUUAAAA